AUGAUGUUCAACAGACAAACAAGCCUAUGGAUGGGAGACCUGGACCAAUACAUGGACGAAGACUUCCUCAAGCAGGCUUUCAGUGCCAUGGGAGAGUCACCUCUUGGAGUGAAGAUCAUCACUCACAGAAUAACAGGUGGUUCUGCAGGAUACUGCUUUGUGGAACUAGCAGAUGAAGAGAGUGUUGAGCGUUGCGUUCAGCGGCUCAAUGGAAAACUGGUGCCUGGGUCAAACCCGGAACUAACUGGAGUGGGCAAAAGGCUGGUCUGGGUGGUAGAGCCCCGCAAGUUUAAACUAAACUAUGCCACUUAUGGAAAAAGACCAGAGCCAGGACCAGAGUUCUCAGUGUUUGUUGGUGACCUGGCCUCUGAGGUGGACGAUUACCAGCUGCACCAAGCUUUUAAGAAGUACCCCUCUUGCAAAGGAGCCAAAGUAGUCACUGAUCAGUACGGCUACUCCAGAGGCUAUGGGUUUGUCAAGUUUGGGGACGAGAACGAACAGAAGAAAGUCAUUGAAGAAUGUCAAGGAAUGGUGCUAGUCGGCAAGCAACUCAGACUGAGCAUCGCUGUUGCAAAGAGUCAGAAGGUGGUCACUUACCAAGGUCAGAGUACGUAUCCCAACUACAGUCCGACCCAAACCAGCUAUUAUGGCAGCACUGGUGGGACAGGAGCAUAUUACCCACAGUGGGGAAGCUAUGAUCAGUACAGCGGAUAUGGCACAGGCUACAACACUGGUUACAACACUGGCUACGGCACAGGCUAUAGUUACAACUACGGCCCGUAUGGAUAUCCACCUCCUGGUCACAUGAUUCCCCCGCCUCCUGUGAGUGGCCCAUCGUCUGCGCCUACAGACACAACAGCUGCCACAGAUCAAAGUCAAGAGACGACCAAUCCAGUUGUGACUGAGAGCACGGAAGAUCCUCUAUCUGUCUGUGACGUGGACCAGCGGAACAAAGACUUUAUGCAGCAAAGUGAGGAGCUCUAUGAGGCUUUAAUGAACUGUCAUUGGGAACCGCUGAACUCUAUGGACUCCUCUGUUCCCUCGUGCUAA